AUGAAAGACUGGGAUCCUCCUAUCAAGAAAGAAUUCUGUGAAGCGAAGAUAGCAGAAGCGAGACAGAAUAUUAUGGAUAGUGACAAGUUGAACAUUAAGAUUCCAGAUCAAAUAAUUGAUGAAAGCAAGAAUAUCAAGGAAGAGCCUUGGAUUCCACCUAUGUCAGACGAGGUGCUUGAUGAGAAUGGGAAAUGGUUUAGAGAUGAAUUGGGGAGGGGAAAUUUUUUGGACGAAGUUCUCAACGUGGCGAAGAUGAAAGAUGAUGAUCAAGAUAAGGAUCAGGACCAGUAUGAGAAGAAGCAGCACCGCAAAGAUUGUGUUGAUCAGAUGUAUUGUGGCUGCUAG